AUGUCAAUUUUGAAUAAAAACUGGUCUGCUUUAUCAAAACCUAAAACUACUUUGAAUUAUAUACACGGUCAGUUUAAGGAAUCUAAAACUAAAACUUAUCAUCAAGUUAGAGAUCCAUCAACUGAUCAACUUAUCACCUCUACACCGGAGUCAACAGAUGCUGAAUUCAAUGAGGCAAUUGAAUCAUCAAAGGAUGGUUAUCAAUUUUGGAAGAAUACAUCGCUCCUUUCUAGACAACGAGUCAUGCUAAACUUCCAGCAAGAAAUCAGGAACAAUGCAAAUGAUUUAGCUAUUACUAUCACUCAAGAACAAGGUAAAACAUUCAGUGACGCUCAUGGUGAUGUUUUUAGAGGUUUACAAGUCGUUGAUUACGCUUCUAGUAUACCAACUACUUUCAUGGGUAAAAUGUUAGAAGUUUCUAACAAUAUGGACACUUUUACGAGGAAAUUUCCUUUAGGCGUUUGUGCUAUGAUAGCACCGAAUAAUUUUCCAUCUAUGAUCCCUAAUUGGGUUAUCUCUUUAGCUGCAGUCACAGGUAAUUCUCUCAUCUUGAAACCUUCAGAACGUGAUCCAACUGCUUCGCUUUUAUUGGCUGAGUUGGCUCAAAAAUCCGGUUUACCACCUGGUGUUUUAAACAUUAUCAAUGGUACUCACCCAAUCGUCAAUCAUCUAACUUCACAUCCUGAUAUCAAAGCUGUUAGUUUCGUUGGCGGUGAUAAUGCUGGUAAACAUGUUUAUAAACGUGCAACUGAAAAUGGCAAACGUGUUCAAGUAAAUAUGGGUGCAAAAAAUCAUGGUAUCAUUUUACCUGAUGCUAACAAAGACCAUGCUUUAAAUUCAAUAAUAAGUGCUGCGUUUGGUGCUGCUGGUCAGAGAUGUAUGGCUUUAUCAGUCGCUGUACUAGUUGGUGAUGCUCGUAAUUGGAAGAAUGAUUUGAUAAAUAAAGCUAAAGCUUUGAAAGUUGGAAAUGGCUUUGAUCAAUCCAAUGACAUGGGUCCAGUUAUAUCUAAGCAAUCCAAACAGAGGAUUGAAAAUUUGAUUAACCAAAGUUCAAAACAAGGUGCUAAUAUUGAUUUAAAUGGUACAAAUUUUGAAGUAAAAAAUUAUGAAAAUGGUUAUUUCGUUGGUCCUACAAUUAUUUCUAUACCUCACACUGAAUUUGAUAUUUAUAAACAAGAAAUUUUCGGACCAGUGCUUGUCAUACUUGAAACUGAAACACUUGAUCAAGCAAUAGAUUUGAUUAAUAAGAAUAAAUAUGGUAAUGGCGCUUCGAUAUUUACAGAGUCUGGUUCAGCUGCUAGAUUUUUUGAAAUUAACGCAGAACCAGGUCAAAUCGGUAUUAAUACACCAUUACCAGUUCCACUUCCUUUCUUCUCUUGGUCAGGAAAUAAAGCAAGCUUUGCGGGUGAGAAUAGCUUUUAUGGUGAGCAAGGUAUCAACUUCUUUACACAGACGAAGACAGUUACCUCAAUGUGGAAACCCUCUGAUCAAACAACUUCACUUGAAAAAGCUUCAUUAAGUAUGACAUACAAAUUUUGAUUUAAUUUUAUAAGGUAGAUUUUAAGUAUUCUGAAACUACUUCUCUAAUAGUCAAAUUUGUAUAUGUUUCUUCGAAUUCAUAUUGCUUUUCAG